AUGGCAUGGUGUGACCGGGGUGUUCAGACUUUGCUGGCCAUCGUGGGGGCUUUCGCCGCGUUCAGCCUCAUGACCAUCGCCAUCGGCACCGACUACUGGCUUUACUCCCGGGCGUACAUCUGCAACGCCACUAAUGUCACCACGGACGAGACCCAGAUGCAAACCAAGAAAGUCAGGGGCGACCUGACGCACUCUGGACUGUGGAGGAUCUGCUGUAUCGAAGGUAUCAACAAAGGAAGCUGUUUUCGGAUCAAUCAUUUUCCAGAGGAUAAUGACUACGAUACAGACAGCUCUGAGUACAUCUUACGUAUAGUGCGUGCAUCGAGCCUAUUCCCCAUUCUCAGCACCAUCCUGCUGAUGUUGGGUGGCCUGUGUGUCGGGGUUGGACGCAUCUACAGCAGCAAGAACAACAUCCUGCUCAGUGCUGGCAUCCUGUUUGUGGCUGCAGGCCUGAGCAACAUCAUCGGCAUCAUCGUCUACAUCUCCAGCAACGCUGGCGACCCCAGUGACAAAAAAGACGAGGACAAGAAGAACCAGUACAACUACGGCUGGUCCUUCUACUUCGGCGCCCUCUCCUUUAUUGUGGCCGAGUCGGUGGGCGUUCUUGCCGUCAACAUAUAUAUCGAGAAAAACAAAGAGACACGCUUCCGAGCCAGACGCGACUUCAUCAAAACCAUACCCUCCUCUUCACCUUACUCUCGCAUCCCAAGCUACCGUUACAGAAGAAGGCGCUCGCGCUCCAGUUCGAGGUCGACUGACCCGUCCCGUGAGCCCUCCCCGGUGGGGAUGAAGAUCAGUGGGGGAAGCGGUGGAGGGUUGGGAAUGGGGUUGCCGAUGGGGGACAUAUCCUUAUACGCCCUUAGUAGGGACCCUCUGAAGGGUGGAAGUGGGACUGCAGGGCCCUACAGUCCUGAGAGGGACACUGGGUUUUUGCAAGUCCACAACUGCUUUCAGAAAGAUCUGAAAGAUGGAGUGAACAGGAGGACCACGCCGGUAUGA